AAAUGUACCUUAUAAACAGCUAGAUAAAUUUCAGUUUUCGUAAGUAUCGGAAUAAUUCCUUCUCCCAUAGCAUUGUUACUCUCAUCUGUCCUCUGAUACCUGAAUUGUAUACCAAAUAGGACACUUAGGAUUCUGUAUAUCUCAAAAUUAAUGGUGAGGAAGUCUUCUUUAGGAAGUGGAAUAUAAGGUAAUUAUGAGGCAUUUGGGGUUUUUUAAUGAUUAUUUUUGAAAGGUGGAAGAUAAAGAGGGGAGAGAGCUAUCCUGCAGAUGAUUCUAGCGUGCAUGCUUCCCUCCUGUUGGCAAUCUGCCUGUUAGGCUUUCUCUUCUCAUGGUCUGGUCCUUUCCUUGAUGUUAGGGGCAUUCUCAUGUGUCCUGAGACUUAGCCCUCACCCUCCAUAAGUAAUUUUAUGUAUUGUUCUUUGUGUAAAAGAAAACACAGGAUUACCACGAGCAAGAUACAAGAUCUGCUAUGUGAUGAAGCCUCACUGAAAGGGGCCAUACUAAUCUGAAGAGUCCGCAGGAUAUUCAGGUCUAUGUUGUAAAUACAAAUUUCACUCUAAGGUGGAACUACACUGGGAGUGAUACCAAUGUGACAUUUUCAGCAGAAUACCGAUGGUUUGAAGACUUUGUGACAAAUGAAACAGAAUGGAAGGAGUUGCCUGGGUGUCAAAAUGUUACUCACAUGGAAUGUGACUUUUCCUCAGCAAUAACCAAAUACUAUGAUACACAUCAUGUGCGUAUAAGGGCUGAAAGAAGGGAAGAAGUGUCUCCAUGGUCUAGCACUUUUGAAAUGAAUCCGUAUCUUAUAGCUCUGAUCGGUCCCCCAGGAGUAGAGUUGCAGUCCACAAAUGGAGUCAUAAAAAUUAAGAUUUCUCCUCCAGAAGCAAAUCAGGUCCGAAAAAUGUGGAUAGCUCAUCUACGUUUUAAAUAUAAUCUCGUUAUCUGGGAAAAUUCAUCAAAUGCAGAGUUCAGAAGUCAAAGUAUUUUUCCUACUGACACAAUUGAUGAUCUUGCACCAGACACUACCUAUUGUUUGAAAGUUCAGGCAACCCUUCCUUUGGACUUCCAAGAAGGCUUAUUCAGUCCUAUUCAUUGUGUAAAAACUACCCAUAAAGUGAAUGACCUACUCUGUGCAACAGAUGUGAGUGUUCUUGCUUUGAAUAUGAAAUUUCAUCUGCAUUGGAAUAAUCGGUAUAAACAACGUGUGAGCUACAAUGUACAGUAUCUCAUUGGGUAUCUAAAGAAACUUCAUGAUGAUUACUCAAUGAAGUGGCUCAGUGUACCUGGAUGUGAAAACAUCACUGAUACACAAUGCAAUUUCUCAUAUAUCAUCUCUACUACUUCUGGAAUUUAUUAUCUCCGUGUGCAGGCCAUGAGCGAAUAUAAUAAAUCAUGUGUGUCUAAUGAAGUAAAAGUAGAUCCUCUGAUAACAAAUGAAAUUGGCCCUCCUGGUGUAAAGGUGGACAUCAGUGAUGUUUUGCUCCAUAUCCAGAUUUCUCCUCCAGGAGGAUCUGAGAGUGAAGUCAUGAGGGACCAUUAUGACUUGUCUUACCGGAUUCUGUAUUGGAAGAAUUCAUCGAAUAAUGAGGAGGAAAUCAAAAUGAAAGAGAUAAAACAGACAAUAGGGACAAUCUCUGAUCUAACACCCUUGACUUUGUACUGUGUAAAAGUACAAGCCUUCUCAGAAGUUUACAACAAAAGCAGUCAUUACAGCAAAGAGGAAUGCAUCAAAACACCUGGAGAUAAAAUUUUACAUCUGGUCAUUUUAGCAACAUUUGUAACUGCCCUGAUUGCUGUCUUUCUCGUGGCUACACCACUUGGUUUUGCCCUGUACCAAGCCUACAACAAAAUCAAAUAUGUGUUCUUUCCAUCAUGCCAGCCUCCUUUGAACAUAGAGGGUUUUGGAGGACAGCUCUUAAGCAGUCCUUAUCUGUCAACUACAGAAGAACCAAUAGAAAAUUGUUCUAUAAUUGAGACUAUCAUCACAGAAGAAGUAAAUCAAACUGAUUUUAAAGACUACAUACAUUCUAAACAGAGCAGUCGAGAUUCAGGAAAUUACUCUAACGACGAUACUUCAGGGAGCAAAGUAUCAGAAGAAACACUAGAAAAUGAAAUAGUAUAACUUUUAAGAAAAUAAAAUUCAUAUAUGGGACUGGCAGUGUAAUAAACACUUAAAACUUUUUUAUUAUGAAAGUCACAGCCUAAGGAAGGCAGUAUGACUUUGGGAUCUUUGUCUUCAGGUUUCCAAAUCUGCACUUCGUUAGUGGAAAGUUACAUACCCUCUCUGCUGCAAGCUGAUUAAAGUUAAAACACAAUUGACUCCUUGUACCUUACGCCAUUUUGACUGACUUUUCAUCAUAUGAUGAAGAGAAUACCAUCUGUGUAAAGAGGAGCAGAUCUGUACACUUUAUAUACUUGAACCUGAUAACCUCGGUGGAAGCCUACUCUGUUCCACAGGAAGAAUUUCUCUUUGUCUUAGAAGUUUGUUUUGAAUGCCAGUGUGUACUGUGACAGAAGCCUUAAAUUCCAGUAUUGAAUCGUAAGAUGUUUACACAGCCAGAAGGAAAUUGAUGCUGGAUACAACUUUUAAUAACUUUUUUGACAUUCUCUUCCAGCCCCCUGAGGGGCAGUGCUUUUUGGCUCAGCAGGUCCAGAGCAAAAGAUGCAAAGAGACCAACAGUCAAUGAGGUAGCUCCUCUGAGCAUCCUUGUAGAAUUGCUUGCAGCCAUGGCUGUGGGAUGCUCCCAGUGCCCACUUGCUUGUUUCUAUAUCUGUGUCCCUGCAUCAGGGUGCUCUUCUCUCACAGCACUCAGUAAUCUGGGCAAGUAUGGGGAGGGCAAAAGGCAGGAAGGAAAUUCACUUCACUUUACUAUAAAGAAAAAUUUCUAACUGGAAGCUCUUUGUAAAUGAGGUUGGAUCAAAUUGUUUUGCACUGCAUUUAGGAUAAAAAAAGAAAUGAACAUCCAAGCAAGAUGUACGCUGCAAGAAGAAACUAAAGAAUACUGUUACUUUAAAUGACAAGGCACGUUAAGAGGCAUAUUCUUGAUUAUUUUUUUCCCCAUGGCUACAUAACCAAAAGCGU